AGUUGAUACCAGCCUGCUGUAAGAGCGCUGAAGACCCUGCCGACUGACGCCAAAAUGAAUUCGAGGCACACUGAGGUGGCUCUGAAGAAAGAGUUGACCAGCCCAGCUGGUUGUGCUUCUUCUUCUGGAGUGGCAUGCUGUGCUACCUGCUGGCUUUCGGGUGUGCAUGGAGCAGGUGGCCACUAGUAUUCAUGCAGGGACUCUAUUGCAAGCACCCUCCUGCCACAGUGCUUCCAUUUGCGACGAAAGACUGUAGAGAGGCGGCAAGUGCCGAGGAUGAGGACCUGACAAUCCCUCGUGCUGCCAUGAACAAGAUGAUCAAGGAGCUGCUCCCUAAUGUGCGUAUUGCCAAUGAGGCACGUGAGCUUAUCUUGGCCUGCUGCACCGAGUUCAUCCAUCAUCUUUCCACCGAGGCCAACGACAUCUGCAACCGGCAACAGAAGAAGACCAUUUCUGCAGACCACGUGCUGGGUGCCCUGGACAGCCUGGGCUUUGGUGCAUACCGGCAAGAUGCUGAGGCAGUGCUCAAGGACUGCAAAGCAGUGGCAGCCAAGCGGCGCCGCCAGAGCACGCGCCUCGAGAACCUGGGCAUCCCUGAGGAAGAGCUGCUCCGGCAGCAGCAGGAGCUCUUUGCACAGGCCCGGCAACAACAAGCUGAGCUGGCCCAGCAGGAGUGGACUCAGAUGCAGCAGGUGGCGCAGCAGCAACUUCAACUGCAGCAGCGCCAGGCCCAGGAUGAGGACGAGUACUGAUGCGGUGGUGGGAAGGGGGGUGGGGGCAAAAGAAUGUACCAGCAGGUGUGUGGUUGACUUGGGCAAGGCAGGAGGGCAUCCGCUGCCUGCAUCCCUUGCUGCCCAGGAAGGCCACCCAUGACGGCUCUUGGCAAGAGGUUGUUUUUAGGCAAGUUGGUGUUACUGCACAUGUUGUUUUUGGUGCAAAGUACAGAGCAUGAAGCGAGGGUAGCGCCAACUGUUUAAUAGCAGAUUGCACGUGUGUCUUCUUGGUUUUGUAUCUGGCUCUGGUAUUAAACAUUUGGUGCUUGCCUUGCAUCGUGCUCCGUACUUUGCUCCAAGAACAAUAUGUAUAGCCAGCAAGGGGUUCUCUGCUGAUAGCGAGAUUCCUUCUCGCCGAUGUAGGCUGUGAGUAAGCCGUUUGAGUACAGGUACCCUUGUCAGAACUUAUGUUUAUUUUUUUCUUCAUGGAUCACUGGCUUUACUAUAGACGUUGGUGUUAUGUGCAGGUGUUGGUAGCACUCUUUUGUUUGACUGGGGAGAUAGCGGCGCUCAAGCGAAAGGUCUUCUUGACUCUGGGAAAUAUAUGCAAUUAAGGUAUUUUUUGAGAAGGACCUUUAUAAAGCAUUUUGGUUAGAAUACUUCGACAAGGAAUUGUUUGCACAGCCUGCAUUAAACAUUCUAGAUUGAGAGCAUUAGUGCGUAGCGAAUAACUUCAGGUUUUGCACAACCUGAAAACUUUUUGUAGAGAUGUCAUUUUAUAUGCACUGUACAACACACUUUGCCUAGUGCUUUAAUGUAACAUCACCGGAGACCAUAAGUGCACUCUGGUGUCACCUUGGGUGCUCUGUAAGGAAGUUUACCAUAUACAACCCUGUCGGAUUUCCUAGCACGGAGGCACUGUGGUGAAAAAUAUAUUUAGUACAGUUUGUUUGUUAUGUGGAGUGCUUAGGGCACGUGAGCUUGCAUGAAAGCUGUCAUGUGAAUGUGCUUGAAAACAGGCUAAAUAGGAGUGCAUUGUUAUUGUGAUGCAUAUUGAUUUCUUUUUUUAAAAGCACUUUUGCUGUAUAAAUGAAGCAGGCCCUCUGUUUUGAGUUCUAUUAGGGCUGUUGUCUCUCUCUCUCGAUUUUACACCCUUUUUGUAUUUAAGCGCGGUUUUUGCAACAUGGAUGCAUUAUGUAAGAUAUGUGAUAGAAGUAUGUUGGACUGUCACACAAGGACUUUGGAUGCAGCGUUUUUCACAUUGGUUUGCUGUACUCUCAUCACUAAAGAUUGUUUGAGAUUCAGAUAUAGUAUAAUGGCGGCUGUCUACUUUUAGAAGAGUGCUUGCUGGAUUUUUGCAUUUACUGCUAUGCUUGAUCACUGGCAGUGAGAGUUUGUGAUAAACAAUGUGCCACAAAUGAUCAUGUUCUGUUUGCCACAAGCUGUGCACAUUGCACGACAUUUGUAAUAAAGACUAUUUUAGUGUAAUUGAAGCUGGACCGUUUGAGUGAAGCCACAGGGUGCACUUCAUUCAUAGCAGCAAAACCUCCAUUUUCGAGACUACUUCGGGAAUUGCAGGUGCGCCUUGUGUGUUGAUCGUGUCACACAAUAGGGGUACCCAUUUCAUCGUUGAAUCUUUUCCUGCAGUCGGGUGUUUCCCACGAUUGUUACCUGCUUGCAUUUCAGAGUGUUUUCACUGUUGUGGUCUGCCUUGAGCGAUGCUUAUCGAGGCGCAGUACUUGGGCACCCAUUCCUACGUUGAGUGUCAGUGUCCCUCGUAACUAGAGUGCUAGGCUAUGGUCGAGUGGGCGAAGCGGCGCGCUGAGGCUCUGUGUGUGGAAAAACUGUGCGAGGGCACAGCAAGCAAACUGGAUUGGGGUGGAGACGCGCUUUGCAGCAUAUUCAAUGUGAUUUCACUGAUUAUAAUGGUGCUUUAUUUCAACUGCUAAUUUGUAUUGACACCUUUUUGCUACACAUACAUAUUGGAUGCAUGGGUUAUGCAACAUGUCUUAAAUUUUGCUGUCGGCAAGUGCAUCGUCUGCUAGCAAGUGUGCGUUCGUUGUGUGAACGACCAGUUUUUCUUGCAGAAAGUCUGUGCAGUAAAAUUUUUUAUUGCUUUA